AUCCAAACCCGACCUACCAUUUUUCUCCUCCCAUUCCCCAAAACCUGCGAGAGCUCCCAACUCUCGCAUACCGCAUACGCCAUUGUUAGGGUUUUGUGUUGGAGAGGGAGAGAGAGAAAGAGAGAGAGAGAGGGGUUUUAGGGUUUGGGGAUGAGCGGGAGCGCGUUCAACGCGUUCAGGGCGCGGGCGCCGAUCGCGUGGAGUCCGCGACUGUACAUAACGCUGGUGCGGGGCCUCCCGGGGACGCGGCGCCUCCACCGCCGCACCCUCGAGGCCAUGCGCCUCCGCUGCUGCAACCGCACCGUCACCCACCGCACCACCCCCUCCCUCCUCGGCAUGCUCAACCAGGUGAAGAGAUUGGUGGUGGUGGAGACGGAGGCCAUGCACGUGGCGCGGAAGCAGGAGGAGGAGCAGCGCCGCGCGCUCCGGCCCCCGAUCGUCGUCGCUCACCGCCCCCCGCCGCCGUCCGCUUCCAAUGAGGCCGCGCAGUAGCGGUUGCAUCUUCCUCAUCUGUUUCCGCCAAUCAGAAUGAUAGGUGACGAUUUGAUCGCCCUGCUGCAGUGUAUUCUUCACGUGAUCGUCAUCGGGUGCGACUGCAGUAUGCGGAUACAUAAGGAAAGUAAAAUAAUAUUGUCAUAAGUGUAUCUAGUUGUAUAAAAAUAAAUGAUGGAACUAAAAAUAUAAAGAACUAUAGAUAGAAUUUGAUGUUCAAGUUUGUAAUGUACAUACAAGAUUACAAGCUUAACCAACGAAGAUCUACAUCAAGUGAAUGCCACAAUGUGCUUGCUCAUGUACUAAUUAUAUGACACCUAUCCCUUGGGCCGGCAAGGAACCACAUCCGCAUAUGCAGGGUCAUGGACCUUUUAGAAUGGUCUCAGGUCUACUCGAAUCUUAUGCAAGCUCAUUCGCAACCAUCUUAGACAUGAUCGGUUUCUCUUUAAUCAGAUCUUUGGGAGUUGUGUUUUUGUCACCUUUUGAUUCCAAUAUCUCGAUUACUAAAUCCUGUUGAAUUGAUGCGGACAGUCUGAAUCUUAAAUUUGAAGUACAAGUGACAAGAAAUCAUUAUGAAUGAGCUAGAGAAAUUUGUUUUUUUACCCUGCAAAAAUAGUGCUGGAUAAAUUUGGAUGUGACUCUAAUUCCAACAGGGAAUUUUCAAUUA